AUGAGAGGCAGCAACCAGACCAGCGUCUCCGAGUUCUUCCUCCUGGGCCUCUCCAGGCAGCCCCAGCAGCAGCAGCUCCUCUUCCUGAUCUUCCUCAUCAUGUACCUGGCCACCGUCCUGGGGAACCUGCUCAUCAUCCUGGCCAUCGGCACAGACUCCCGCCUGCACAGCCCCAUGUACUUCUUCCUCAGCAACCUGUCCUUUGUGGACGUCUGCUUCUCCUCCACUACCAUCCCCAAGGUACUGGCCGACCACGUCCUCGGGAGUCAGGCCAUUUCCUUCUCAGGGUGUCUCACACAGAUGUAUUUCCUUUUCCUGUUUGUGGACAUGGACAAUUUCCUGCUGGCUGUGAUGGCCUAUGACAGGUAUGUGGCCAUAUGCCACCCCUUACACUACACAACAAAGAUGACCCAGCAGCUCUGUGUCCUCCUUGUGGCUGGGUCGUGGGUGGUAGCCAGCCUGAAUGUCCUAUUACACACCCUGCUCAUGGCGCGACUCUCAUUCUGUGGGGACAACACCAUCCCUCAUUUCUUCUGUGAUGUGACCCCCCUGCUGAAGCUGUCCUGCUCGGACACGCACCUCAACGAGCUGAUGAUUCUUACAGAGGGGGCUGUGAUCAUGAUCGCCCCAUUUGUCUGCAUCCUGAUCUCCUACAUCCACAUCACCUGUGCCGUCCUGAGAGUCUCAUCCGCGAGGGGAAGAUGGAAAGCCUUCUCCACGUGCGGCUCCCACCUGGCCGUGGUCUGCCUCUUCUAUGGCACCAUCAUCGCUGUGUAUUUCAACCCCUCAUCUGCCCAUUCCCCUGAGAGGGACACGGCAGCCACUGUGCUGUACACAGUGGUGACCCCCAUGCUGAACCCUUUCAUCUACAGCCUGAGGAACAGGGACCUGAAAGGGGCCUUAAGGAAAGUGGUCCAUAGGAAGAUACUCUUUUUCUGA